AUGCGAGAAAUCGACUAUGACUUGCAUCGAGCACGCACUGUCCUCAUUAAAAUUGGCACUGAAAUUGUGCAUUCGCCUGAAGGUCUUUUGGCCAUGGGACAGAUUGGAAAUAUCGUUGAACAGAUUGCGGCGUUGCAUAUGAGAGGACACAAUAUCAUUCUCGUAUCCAGUGGCUCUGUAUCCAUUGGAAAAAUGGUAUUGCACCGCCAAUACCUUCUGUCAGGCUCGAUGCAAUCACAUCUUGGGGGUCAAGUGGACGAUAAUGCUCAAUUUGACGAGAAAGCGUGCGCUGCUGCAGGACAAAGUGGGUUGCAGAGUCUAUACGAGAUGCUGUUCGCCCAAUAUCAUUUGGCGUGCUCACAAGUGCUGGCAUCCGAUGCCGACUUUAGGGAACCUCAAGUCCGAUCCAAUUUGCAACGGACAGUCCGUGCCUUGCUGGAUGUAGGCAUUAUUCCCGUGAUCAAUGAGAAUGAUAUUAUUACUCGACGCACCACACCACUGAUCACUGAGAACAAGAUUGCCUGGGACAACGACUCACUCGCAGCGCUUUUUGCUCAGGAGAUGAUGGUGGAUUUGAUGGUCUUACUCACAGAUGUGGACGGUAUUUACACGGGCACUACGAACGAUAGAAAGCUGAUCUUAAGAUUCCAGCGUGGAGACAAACAGAUAAUUGCUCCUGAAAGUCGCGUCGGAACUAUCGGACAGAAUGAUAAAUUGCAUUCAUGUAUUCGCGCAGUGGACAGCGGUGCUGUGCGUGCUGCGGUGGUUGCGAAAGCAGAGCAGGGGGUCUUGCUGCGUAUUCUCAACGGCGAGCAAGUUGGCACACUUUUUGUGGCGAAUGGGGAACGCUUUGGCGACGUUGAAGCAGAAAAGCAGCAUAUUGACCCAUUGUACUCGGGUAUUGCUCCGCGUGACCGGAGAACAAUAAGCAAGCUGUAA